UUUUGGACUCUAGAUCAAAUGUUCUUCCAAAGACUCUGCAAUCACAAGAAAAAGAUUUCUCUCUCAAGUGUCUGCUUCUGUUUCUCGCAAGAGCACGAAAUUUGCAAACAACAAAGUUUUAUACAUUGAGGUGUAAAGUGGCCUGUGGUCUGAUGUGUGGGAAUCUUUGGCGUGAUAGUCUUUGGCUUGGUUUGACCAUUCCAGCAACUACAUAUAAUUUCACGUGAGAUCUGUUCUGGCUCAAGGAGGAACUUUGUCUUUUUGAGUUUUAACGUCAUUGGAUGUCUUCUUUCUGGAGCUGAGGAAAUGGGGUGUUGUGUCUCCACUAGUAGUCGGAGUACUUUCAGUACCGGGAGCCAUGAGGUGGGGGCUUCUCCUACGUGUUUUGAAAUUGGAUUUUGUGGGCAGAAGAGAACUAAGAGAACAUUCUCAGAUCAUGUUAUUGCACAGCAGUAUUUAUCCUUAGUACCUAACAGGAUUUUCACAAAUGGAAAGAGCAGAACUUCUUGCAUAUUCACUCAGCAGGGUCGCAAGGGAAUAAACCAGGAUGCCAUGAUUGUAUGGGAAGAUUUCAUGUCAGAAGAUGUGACCUUUUGUGGUGUAUUUGAUGGCCAUGGUCCACAUGGUCAUCACGUUUCUGGCAAAGUGAGAGAUGCCCUGCCCCUAAAGUUGCUGUCCUCCAUGCACUCAAAUCAGUCAAGGCAAAAUGGGUCAGGCCGAACAUGUUUCAAGGGGAAUUCAAAGAAAUCAGAUGGUAGCAAUUCUGAGAAGGAUGGCUCUGCUGACGACAGGUUAAAUUCUUUAUGGAGGGAAGCAUUCAUGAAGUCAUACAAGGCCAUGGAUAAAGAGUUGAUGUCCCAUCCUAAUUUGGACUGCUUCUGUAGUGGUAGCACUGCUGUCACAAUAGUGAAGCAGGGCUCCAAUCUUUUCAUGGGAUAUAUUGGGGAUUCUCGAGCAAUUAUGGGAUCUAAGGUCGGUAAUGAUUCAAUGGUGGCAACACAAUUGACAGUUGAUCUGAAACCCAAUUUACCAAGGGAAGCUGAGAGGAUUAAAAGGUGCAAAGGCAGGGUCUUUGCAUCGCAAGAUGAACCUGAAGUACCUAGAGUGUGGUUGCCAUUUGAUGAUGCCCCUGGGCUAGCAAUGGCUCGAGCUUUUGGGGAUUUUUGUUUGAAGGAAUAUGGUGUUAUCUCUGUACCUGAAUUUUCCCAUUGGCUCCUAACAGAGAGAGAUCAAUUUAUUGUUCUCGCCUCAGAUGGGGUUUGGGAUGUAUUGAGCAAUGAAGAGGUGGUUGAGAUUGUAUCCUCAGCUCCUACCCGGUCAUCAGCUGCCAGGAUUUUGGUCGACUCAGCUACACGUGAAUGGAAAUUAAAGUACCCUACUUCAAAGAUGGAUGAUUGUGCAGUUGUUUGCUUAUUUUUGGAUGGGAAAAUGGAUUCAGAAUCUGAUUAUGAGGAAUACUGCUUUUCUUCUGCAACGCUUCAGAGUAAUCAUCCUGGUAAUGCAGUUGAAUCUGAUGAAGGCCAGAAGUCGGAGCCAUCAUUGCACAGGAAUUUUACCAUUAGACCAUCAGAAGAAAGUGAUAGUUACGGAAGACUACCACCAGAGUUUGAAGGAAAUGUGGAUACAGUUGCAGGUGAAGAACAAAACUGGUCAGGUUUGGAACGUGUCACACGAGUGAACUCACUCGUGCAGCUACCGAGAUUUUCUGAGGAAAGGCCAAACCCAUAAAUUUUGUAUUAUCAAGAAGCGAAACUGGAUUAGUUUUGUUGGUAAUAUUCUGGCUUUGGAGCCUACACUAGAUCCAAGGAAAGGAAAGUCCUUGUGAACGGUGGUUGUGUUCAUGUUGUGCAAGUAAAUCAUUGCCACAGCAAUUUGUUCUAUUGUAUUGCACAGAAGAUUUUAGGGAAAGAAGCUUUGUUAAAAUUAUUGCACUCGAUCAGUACACUUCUGCUAAAUAUGAUUCCAAUCCCCUUAAAUUAUCCAAACUCUGGUUGCACUCAAUCAGUAUGCACAAUCAACCCAAGUCAAGCAAUGCUAGAACCCUUAGUCAAAGCCAGAUAGAAAACUAUAGAGUGCAAACUUGAUGCGGCAUGUCGGCAUGGUAUACCAAAGCGGGUUGUGUUGAGUUGAGUCCUUUUCACUGAAUUAUCGGUAAAAUCAUGAAAGUGCAAGUUAAAUCAGCAGUACCUGGGUAUAUCAAAAGGGAAUGUUCAUUUCUCCAAGAUUUUUACACAUUGAAUAUAUUCAUAUGUGCAGAAUGGAUUAAAACUCUCUGGUUCAUGUAUAAAAUCCUUUAUUGCCUCCGUUUUAGGUUGUGGCAAUUAACUUUUUGUAAGUCACCAUAACACAUAGACACUCCAGUUGGGUAACGCCAAAUGCAGGCAGCAAAAACAACUUGAAGUUGUCAGUAAUGAUCUCGAAGAAAGAGAGCAGGUAUCUACAAUGCUAAAGAACAUAUUCACUUCAAUAGCCGGCAUUGUCGUUGGUGAUAGAAAUGAAAAUAAUCAAAAUAUAGCAUUGAUCCGUAUAAACAAAAUUUUGCUUAUAAACGGCUUUUCACUGGCAAAAGCGCUAACCAAGCUCCAAUUCUUCAGCUUUUGUCAGCUACUGAAGGAACAGAUGCUUUGAGUUAUAGGAAAAGGCUUAUAGAUACUAAUGUGCACCGGCAAGUGGCAAUUGCCUUUAAGAGAAAAAUCUCAUAACUCACCGCAAAAUCUCACCCAACCCUCCGGCAACCCUAGGCCACCUAACCUUCGUAUGCAUGCUACACAAUUACACGCUUGCAUCUGUUUUUUUUUUUUUU